AUGUUUAUAGUUUGUGCCAAUGUUUUGCUGAUUGUGAUUAUCUGUAUGAACAGAAGUUUACAUGAACCUAUGUACCUGUUUCUGUGCAGCCUGUUUGUAAAUGAACUGUAUGGUAGUACAGGGUUGUUUCCAUUCCUUCUGCUUCAGAUCCUCUCUGACAUUCACACUGUUUCUACUUCUUUUUGUUUCCUCCAGAUUUUCUGUGUUUACUCUUAUGGAGCACAUGUGGAGUUUUUUACCUUAGGCGUCAUGUCUUAUGACAGAUAUCUUGCUAUCUGUUAUCCUCUAGAAUAUAACAAACAUAUGACAUCCAGUAAAGUUGCUAUCCUUACUGCGUUUGUAUGGUUAUACAGUGUACUUGCAACUGUUGUCAUGAUGUCUUUGAGUGCCCCUUUACAGCUGUGUGGGAACACAAUUCAAAAAGUGUACUGUGACAACUUCUCUAUCGUCAAACUGGCCUGCUCUGACACCUCAGUCAAUAACAUCUAUGGACUUGUUUACAUGUUUACCAUAAUAGUUUCUCUGAUAAGUUUCAUUCUUUUCUCCUACCUGAAGAUUCUUAAAGUCUGUUUCUCUGGUUCUAAACAGACCAGACAAAAAGCUGUCAGUACCUGCACACCUCACCUUGCUUCUCUGAUCAACUUUUCUUUUGGGGUUUUCUUUGAAAUAGUACAGGGCAGAUUUGAUAUGAGCAGUGUACCCAUUAUGCUUCGUAUUUUUUUAUCAUUAUACUGGCUUACAUGUCAGCCGCUCUUCAACCCUGUACUGUAUGGACUGAAAAUGUCCAAAAUACGCAUCAUAUGUAAAAGUCUUAGUUUUGGUAGAAGAAUAUAG